AUGAGGGAUCUGCCUCAAUAUGGACACAAGCAGUGGCAGUCCUAUUUUGGCCGAACAUUUGACGUAUACACCAAGCUGUGGAAGUUUCAGCAGCAGCACAGACAAGUCCUGGACAACCGGUAUGGUCUCAAGAGGUGGCAGAUAGGUGAAGUGGCCUCAAAAAUUGGCCAGCUGUACUACCAUUACUACCUCCGCACUUCAGAAACAAGCUACCUUAAUGAAGCCUUUUCCUUUUAUUCGGCCAUUCGCCAACGAUCAUAUUACCACCAAGUCAACAAAGAAGACAGGCCAGAGCUGGUUGUAAAAAAGCUGAGGUAUUAUGCUCGCUUUAUCGUUGUUUGUCUGUUGCUCAACAAGUUGGACCUGGUUAAAGUGUUGGUCAAGGAGCUGUCUGAAGAGAUUGAGGACUACACCCAACGCUUUAACACAGAGGACCAGUUAGAGUGGAACCUGGUUCUGCAGGAAGUUGCUGCUUUUGUGGAGCUCAUAUUACUUCCAUGA